GUCCGUUUAAAAGUCCGAGCCGAGGAUGCGCCGCUCGGCCAGAGAAUGAGAGAAAAACAGGGAAGAGGACCUACUAAAACCAGCUGGAGACACAGCCAGUCACGAACUGAUUACUUGUUCCUGUUGAAAGGUUUCUUAUAGCCAACACAAUGGCCACCUCAUCCAGUGCCAGGCUUAGUAAAGCUGUGAAGCAGCAGUACAUGGAGCUCCCACAGGGAGACAAGGUGCAGGCCAUGUACAUCUGGAUCGAUGGGACAGGAGAGGGACUCCGCUGCAAAACCAGGACUUUGGACGAGGAGCCCAAGACCGUCGAAGAUCUCCCCGAGUGGAACUUUGAUGGUUCUAGCACAUACCAGUCGGAAGGCUCCAACAGUGACAUGUAUCUCAUCCCAAAGGCCAUGUUCAGAGAUCCGUUCAGGAAGGACCCCAACAAGCUCAUUCUGUGCGAAGUGCUCAAGUACAACCGCAAACCUGCAGAAACCAACCUUCGUCAGAUGUGUAAAAAGAUCAUGGGUAUGGUGGAGAACCAGCAUCCUUGGUUCGGCAUGGAGCAGGAGUACACGAUUCUGGGCAUAGACGGUCAUCCUUUCGGCUGGCCCACAAACGGCUUCCCUGGACCACAAGGUCCGUACUACUGUGGAGUGGGCGCGGAUAAGGCCUUUGGAAGAGAUGUCGUUGAGGCCCAUUACAGAGCCUGUCUAUAUGCUGGAGUUCAAAUCUGUGGCACCAACGCUGAAGUUAUGCCUGCACAGUGGGAAUUCCAGGUGGGUCCUUGUGAAGGCAUCAGCAUGGGGGACCACCUUUGGAUGGCCCGCUUCAUCUUGCACAGGGUAUGUGAAGACUUUGGUGUUGUGGUCUCCUUCGACCCCAAACCCAUCCCAGGGAACUGGAACGGAGCCGGAUGCCACACCAACUUCAGCACAAAGGAGAUGCGAGAGGAGGGAGGCCUGAAGCACAUUGAGGAGGCCAUUGAGAAGCUGGGCAAGAGACAUCAGUACCACAUUCGUGCCUACGACCCGAAAGGGGGACUGGACAACGCCAGACGUCUGACCGGUCACCAUGAAACCUCCAACAUCAACGAGUUCUCUGCUGGAGUGGCUAACCGUGGUGCUAGCAUUCGUAUCCCGCGCGCCGUAGGCCAAGAUAAGCGGGGUUACUUUGAAGACCGCCGUCCAUCGGCCAACUGCGACCCAUACGCCGUUACCGAAGCCCUCGUUCGUACGUGCCUGCUCAAUGAGGAAGGAGAGGAGCCUGUGGAACACAAAUGAACUGUUUAGGCCAUGUGGGUUAUAUUUUUAUUUUAUUUUUUUGUACUGUAGUCUGUGGUUUUACUGGAGCCUUGUAUUUAGCUGACUGGUCAAUCUAAUACAAGAGAGGGACUAGAUGAAACUCUUCAUCUAGGGUUUUUUUUUUUUUAUUAUUAUUUUUUUUUAAAGUGUGCCCACUGCCAGUUUUCCCAGUUUUAAAGUUAUUGCAACAGACCCUGUAAUUCCAGAUGCUGGCUGACAUCUAGUGUGAUUAAAGGAGGAAGGCUGUGUGGAUGUCUUCUCCACUUGUAUAACUAGGACUAGCUGUUUUUGUACAUAGACAUUUGUGAACCUCUAUUUGAGCAUGUGAUGCAUUUUAACAUGGUUUUUAUUAACUAACCAAAAGUUUUACACUUAUUUUAAGACAGUGUCAUUGCCAUGUUCUAGUCCAUUUUUGGAUUCAGAUCACUGGUUUCUAUUGCUUCUGAUGGGGUCCAAGAUGCAUUUUGUGAUUUUUACAUAUUUGUAUAACUUCCCUUGUGGACUUUUCCUGUUGUUGCCUGAGGAAGUGUUUAGUAUUCUAUUCUUACAGCGCCAGAUUUAUUACAGGAAAGAGAAUGGUUUAACUUUGUCUAUCACCAAUACAUUAAAAACACUUCAUACUUUUA